GCGACACAAGAUGGCAAGUAAAGAGAUGUUUGAAGAUACUGUGGAGGAGCGUGUCAUCAAUGAAGAAUAUAAAAUCUGGAAGAAUACAUCGUUUCUGUAUAACCUGGUUAUGACCCAUGUUCUUCAGUGGCCUAGCCUUACCGUUCAGUGGCUUCCUGAAGUGACUAAACCAGAAGGAAAGGAUUAUGCCCUUCAUUGGCUAGUGCUGGGCACUCAUACAUCUGAUGAGCAGAAUCAUCUGGUGGUUACUCGAGUUCAUAUUCCCAAUGAUGAUGCACAGUUUGAUGCUUCCCAUUGUGAUAGUGACAAGGGAGUAUUUGGUGGCUUUGAUUCCGUAACAGGAAAAAUUGAAUGUGAAAUUAAAAUUAAUCAUGAAGGAGAAGUAAACCGUGCUCAUUAUAUGCCACAGAGUCCUCACAUCAUUGCCACAAAAACACCAUCUUCUGAUGUAUUGGGUUUUGACUAUACAAAACACCCUGCUAAACCAGAUCCAAGUGGAGAAUGUAAUCCUGAUCUCAGAUUAAGAGGUCACCAAAAGGGAGGCUAUGGUCUUUCUUGGAAUUCUAAUUUAAGUGGGCAUCUUCUGAGUGCAUCUGAUGACCAUACUGUCUGCCUGUGGGAUAUAGAUGCAGGACCAAAGGAAGGCAAAAUUGUGGAUGCUAAAGCAAUCUUUACUGGACACUCAGCUGUUGUAGGGGAUGUGGCCUGGCAUCUGCUACAUGAGUCCUUGUUUAGAUUUGUUGCUGAUGAUCAGAAACUUAUGAUAUGGGACACCAGAUCCAAUACUAAAGCUUCAAAGCCAAGCCAUUUGGUGGAUGCACACACUGCUGAGGUCAGCUGCCUCUCAUUCAAUCCCUACAGAGCGUUCUUUCUAGCAACUGGCUCUGCAGAUAAGACUGUAGCUUUAUGGGACCUGCGCAAUCUAAAACUAAAACUCCAUAUUUUUGUAUCACAUAAGGAUGAAAUUUUUCAGGUGCACUGGUCUCCACAUAAUGAAAUGAUUCUGGCUUCAAGUGGUACUGAUCGCCGCCUGAAUGUAUGGGAUUUAAGUAAAAUUGGAGAAGACCAAUCAGCAGAAGAUGUAGAAGAUGGGCCUCCAGAGCUCCUGUUUAUUCAUGGAGGACACACUGCCAAGAUUUCAGACUUCAGCUGAAACCCCAAUGAACUUUGGGUCAUUUGCUCUGAAGAUAACAUCAUGCAGAAAUGGCAGAUGGCUGAAAAUAUUUACAAUGAUGAAGAGUCAGAUGUCAUGACAUCGGAACUGAAGGGACAAGCAUCAGUUUGA